AAAUAAACAGCAGCCAUGAGCUCUAGUUCAGACGCUGAGAUGGCUAUUUAUGGGGAAGCUGCUCCCUACCUUCGAAAAUCAGAAAAGGAGCGGAUUGAGGCCCAAAACAAGCCAUUUGAUGCUAAAACGUCUGUCUUUGUGGCGGAGCCCAAGGAAUCCUACGUGAAGAGCACCAUCCAAAGCAAGGAAGGGGGCAAAGUAACCGUGAAGACUGAAGGCGGAACAACUCUUACUGUCAGGGAAGAUCAAGUCUUCCCUAUGAACCCUCCAAAAUAUGACAAGAUUGAGGACAUGGCCAUGAUGACCCAUCUGCACGAGCCUGGAGUACUAUACAAUCUCAAAGAGCGCUAUGCAGCCUGGAUGAUCUACACCUACUCGGGCCUCUUCUGUGUCACCGUCAACCCCUACAAGUGGCUGCCGGUGUACAACCCCGAGGUGGUGACGGCCUACAGAGGCAAAAAGCGCCAGGAGGCCCCGCCCCACAUCUUCUCCAUCUCGGACAACGCCUAUCAGUUCAUGCUGACCGAUCGUGAGAACCAGUCCAUCCUGAUCACUGGAGAAUCUGGUGCAGGGAAGACUGUGAACACGAAGCGUGUCAUCCAGUACUUUGCAACAAUUGCAGUUACUGGGGACAAGAAGAAGGAGGAACCUGGCAAAAUGCAGGGGACACUUGAAGAUCAAAUCAUCAGCGCCAACCCCCUACUGGAGGCCUUUGGCAACGCCAAGACCGUGAGGAACGACAACUCCUCCCGCUUUGGUAAAUUCAUUAGAAUCCAUUUUGGUACUACAGGAAAGCUGGCAUCUGCUGAUAUCGAAACCUAUCUUCUAGAAAAGUCUAGAGUCACUUUCCAGCUAAAGGCGGAAAGAAGCUACCAUAUUUUUUAUCAGAUCACUUCCAAUAAGAAGCCAGAUCUAAUUGAAAUGCUUCUGAUCACCACCAACCCAUACGACUAUGCCUUCAUCAGUCAAGGAGAGAUCACAGUCCCCAGCAUUGAUGACCAAGAAGAGCUGAUGGCCACUGAUAGUGCCAUUGACAUCCUGGGCUUCUCUCCUGAGGAGAAAGUGUCCAUCUAUAAACUCACAGGGGCUGUGAUGCAUUACGGGAAUAUGAAGUUUAAGCAAAAACAGCGUGAGGAGCAAGCUGAGCCAGAUGGCACGGAAGUUGCUGACAAAGCGGCCUAUCUCCAGAGUUUGAACUCUGCUGACCUGCUCAAAGCCCUGUGCUACCCCAGAGUCAAGGUCGGCAAUGAGUAUGUCACCAAAGGCCAGACCGUGCAACAGAGAAAUACUAUCUUUGUGAAGGUGUACAAUGCAGUGGGUGCUCUGGCCAAGGCUGUCUACGAGAAGAUGUUCCUGUGGAUGGUCACCCGCAUCAACCAGCAGCUGGACACCAAGCAGCCCAGGCAGUACUUCAUUGGAGUCUUGGACAUUGCUGGCUUUGAGAUCUUUGAUUUCAACAGCCUGGAGCAGCUGUGCAUCAACUUCACCAAUGAGAAGCUGCAACAGUUUUUCAACCACCACAUGUUCGUGCUGGAGCAGGAGGAGUACAAGAAGGAAGGCAUCGAGUGGACGUUCAUCGACUUCGGGAUGGACCUGGCCGCCUGCAUCGAGCUCAUCGAGAAGCCACUGGGCAUCUUCUCCAUCCUGGAGGAGGAGUGCAUGUUCCCCAAGGCAACAGACACCUCCUUCAAGAACAAGCUGUAUGACCAGCACCUGGGCAAGUCCAACAACUUCCAGAAGCCCAAGCCCGCCAAAGGCAAGGCUGAGGCCCACUUCUCGCUGGUGCACUAUGCCGGCACCGUGGACUACAAUAUUGCCGGCUGGCUGGAUAAGAACAAGGACCCUCUGAAUGACACUGUGGUUGGAUUAUACCAGAAGUCAGCAAUGAAGACUCUGGCCAGUCUGUUUUCCACUUAUGCUACUGCUGAAGCAGAUAGCGGUGCAAAGAAAGGUGCUAAGAAGAAGGGUUCUUCAUUCCAGACUGUGUCAGCCCUUUUCAGGGAAAAUUUAAAUAAACUAAUGACCAACCUGAGGAGCACACAUCCCCACUUUGUACGGUGUAUCAUUCCCAAUGAAACCAAAACUCCUGGUGUCAUGGAGCAUGAACUUGUCCUGCACCAGCUGAGGUGCAACGGUGUGCUGGAAGGAAUCCGCAUCUGCAGGAAAGGGUUCCCAAGCAGAAUCUUAUAUGGGGAUUUUAAGCAGAGAUACAAGGUUUUAAAUGCCAGUGCUAUUCCAGAGGGACAAUUCAUUGACAGCAAGAAGGCUUCUGAGAAACUUCUGGCCUCUAUUGAUAUUGAUCACACUCAAUAUAAAUUUGGACAUACCAAGGUUUUCUUCAAGGCUGGCCUUCUGGGUCUCCUGGAAGAAAUGAGAGAUGAAAAGCUGGCUCAGAUUAUAACAAGAACACAAGCUGUCUGUAGGGGAUUCCUAAUGAGGGUGGAAUAUCAGAAAAUGCUGCAGAGGAGAGAAGCCCUUUUCUGCAUCCAGUACAACGUCCGCGCCUUCAUGAACGUCAAGCACUGGCCCUGGAUGAAACUCUUCUUCAAGAUCAAGCCCCUGCUCAAGAGCGCAGAAACUGAGAAGGAGAUGGCCACCAUAAAGGAAGAGUUCCAGAAAACCAAAGACGAGCUCGCCAAGUCAGAGGCAAAAAGGAAGGAGCUGGAGGAAAAAAUGGUCACUCUCUUGAAAGAGAAAAAUGACCUGCAAAUCCAGGUUCAGUCUGAAGCAGAUAGCUUGGCCGACGCAGAAGAAAGGUGUGAACAACUGAUUAAAAACAAAAUCCAGCUGGAGGCCAAAAUCAAGGAGGUGACUGAGAGAGCUGAGGAUGAGGAAGAGAUCAAUGCUGAGUUGACAGCCAAGAAGAGGAAACUGGAGGAUGAGUGCUCAGAACUGAAGAAAGACAUAGACGACCUUGAGCUGACGCUGGCCAAGGUUGAGAAGGAGAAGCACGCCACAGAGAAGAAGGCCCUCCAAGAGGCCCACCAGCAGACCCUGGAUGACCUGCAGGCAGAGGAGGACAAAGUCAACACUCUGACCAAAGCUAAAACAAAGCUUGAACAGCAAGUGGAUGAUCUCGAAGGGUCUCUGGAGCAAGAAAAGAAACUUCGCAUGGACCUAGAAAGAGCCAAGAGGAAACUGGAAGGUGACCUCAAAUUGGCCCAAGAAUCCACAAUGGAUAUAGAAAAUGACAAACAACAACUUGAUGAAAAGCUUAAAAAGAAAGAAUUCGAAAUCAGCAACUUGAUAAGCAAAAUUGAAGAUGAGCAAGCGGUAGAAAUUCAACUACAGAAGAAGAUCAAAGAGUUGCAGGCCCGCAUCGAGGAACUGGAAGAGGAAAUCGAGGCAGAGCGAGCCUCCCGGGCCAAAGCAGAGAAGCAGCGCUCUGACCUCUCGAGAGAACUGGAGGAGAUCAGUGAGCGCCUGGAAGAAGCCGGCGGGGCCACUUCCGCCCAGAUAGAACUGAACAAAAAGCGGGAGGCGGAGUUUCAGAAGCUGCGCAGGGACCUGGAGGAAGCGACCCUGCAGCACGAGGCCACGGCGGCCACCCUGAGGAAGAAGCACGCGGACAGUGUGGCCGAGCUCGGGGAGCAGAUUGACAACCUGCAGCGGGUCAAGCAGAAGCUGGAGAAAGAGAAGAGCGAGCUGAAGAUGGAGAUUGAUGACCUUAGCAGUAAUGCAGAAGCCAUUUCCAAAGCCAAGGGAAUCCUUGAGAAGAUGUGCCGGACACUAGAAGAUCAAGUGAGUGAACUAAAGGCCAAGGAGGAGGAGCAGCAGCGGAUGAUCAACGAGCUGACAGCACAGAGGGCGCGUCUGCAGACAGAAGCAGGUGAAUAUUCCCGACAAUUAGAUGAGAAAGAUGCUUUAGUUUCUCAGCUUUCAAGGAACAAACAAGCAUCUACCCAACAGAUUGAGGAGCUGAAACGUCAGCUGGAGGAAGAAAAUAAAGCCAAGAAUGCCCUGGCGCAUGCGCUGCAGUCCUCCCGCCACGACUGUGACCUGCUGCGGGAGCAGUAUGAGGAGGAGCAGGAAGCCAAGGCCGAGCUGCAGAGAGCACUCUCCAAGGCCAACAGUGAGGUUGCCCAGUGGAGGACCAAGUAUGAGACGGACGCCAUCCAGCGCACGGAGGAGCUGGAGGAGGCCAAGAAGAAGCUGGCUCAGCGCCUGCAGGAAGCAGAGGAGCAUGUAGAAGCUGUGAAUGCCAAAUGUGCUUCCUUGGAGAAGACAAAGCAGAGGUUACAGAAUGAGGUGGAGGACCUCAUGCUAGAUGUGGAGAGAUCGAAUGCCGCCUGUGCAGCUCUGGAUAAGAAGCAGAGGAACUUUGAUAAGAUCCUAUCAGAGUGGAAACAAAAGUAUGAGGAAACCCAGGCUGAACUUGAGGCCUCCCAGAAGGAGUCCCGCUCUCUCAGUACUGAGCUGUUCAAGGUGAAGAACGCCUAUGAGGAGUCCCUGGAUCAACUUGAAACACUCAAGAGAGAAAAUAAGAACUUGCAGCAGGAGAUUUCAGACCUCACAGAGCAGAUUGCAGAGGGAGGAAAGCAAAUUCACGAACUGGAGAAGAUAAAGAAGCAAGUGGAGCAAGAGAAAUGCGACCUUCAGGCUGCCUUAGAGGAAGCAGAGGCAUCUCUUGAACAUGAAGAAGGAAAGAUUCUACGUAUCCAGCUUGAGUUGAACCAAGUUAAGUCCGAAGUCGAUAGGAAAGUUGCUGAAAAGGAUGAGGAAAUUGACCAGCUGAAGAGAAACCACAUCCGAGUCGUGGAGACGAUGCAGAGCACACUGGAUGCUGAGAUCAGGAGCAGGAACGAUGCUCUAAGAGUCAAGAAGAAGAUGGAAGGAGACCUGAAUGAAAUGGAAAUCCAGCUAAACCACGCCAACCGCUUGGCUGCAGAGAGCUUGCGGAACUACAGGAACACCCAAGGCGUCCUCAAGGACACCCAGCUGCACCUGGAUGAUGCUCUCCGGGGCCAGGAGGACCUGAAGGAGCAGCUGGCGAUCGUGGAGCGCAGAGCCAACCUGCUGCAGGCCGAGGUAGAGGAGCUGCAGGCCACGCUGGAGCAGACGGAGAGGAGCAGGAAGAUUGUAGAGCAGGAGCUCCUGGAUGCCAGUGAGCGUGUGCAGCUCCUCCACACCCAGAACACCAGUCUUAUCAACACCAAGAAGAAACUGGAAAAUGAUGUCUCACAACUCCAUAGUGAAGUAGAAGAAGUAAUUCAAGAAUCACGCAAUGCAGAAGAGAAGGCCAAGAAGGCCAUCACAGAUGCCGCCAUGAUGGCCGAGGAACUGAAGAAGGAGCAGGACACCAGCGCCCACCUGGAGCGGAUGAAGAAGAACCUGGAGCAGACGGUGAAGGACCUGCAGCACCGUCUGGAUGAGGCCGAGCAGCUGGCACUGAAGGGCGGCAAGAAGCAGAUCCAGAAGCUGGAGGCCAGGGUACGUGAACUUGAAGGAGAGGUUGAAAAUGAACAGAAACGCAAUGCUGAGGCAGUUAAAGGGUUACGGAAACAUGAGAGAAGAGUAAAAGAACUCACUUACCAGACUGAGGAAGACCGCAAGAAUGUUCUCAGGCUGCAGGACUUGGUGGAUAAAUUACAGGCAAAGGUGAAAUCAUACAAAAGACAAGCUGAAGAGGCUGAGGAACAAUCCAAUGCUAAUCUAGCGAAAUUCCGCAAGCUCCAACACGAGCUGGAGGAGGCAGAGGAACGGGCUGAUAUCGCUGAAUCUCAGGUCAACAAACUGAGGGUGAAGAGCCGAGAGGUUCACACAAAGAUCAGUGCAGAGUAAAAACACGUGCCCAGUGCUACCAAGUGUCUGAAGAAAUGCACAAAAUGUGCUGGCUUUAGUCACUUGCUUUAUCAUGUCUAUUUUUCUCUUACCUUUAAAUAAAUAAAAAGUACAAUAAAU